AUUUUAAAAUGUCGUAUGAAAUAGACAUAACGCAGUAUGUAAAACACGGACCCACCGCACGAAGCAUGUCGUCGGCUAACCUGCUCUAAACAUAUUUCGGCUGUUUUGAUGGUCUUUGAAUCAAAACAAACAAAUUUAAAGCCAUAGUUGAAGGUGACAUAGUAAUGCCUCCUCAACCGGAGACGCGCUCUGCUGGAAAUCGUCCAACUCCUCUUCCCGGAACAGGGCUAGAGGAUAUUGGAGUACCUGGUCAAAACUAUCUACGAGAUGCUCUGACCAGCUGUACUGACCCUUUAAAGGCUAUCGAGGAGUUUCAGCUUGACAAUGGCAUUCUCUUACCAUCCCUUAGACAGAUGCUUCCUUUGUUGGAUUUGCAUGGUGUCCGCCGUCUGGAUUUUCACACUUCAGUUUUAGAGGAGCUCCGAGAUCGCCUUGUGUCGCACAUUGAAACUAUAGGGCAAAAGGAAGGCCGUGAGAGAGACAGAAAACUGAAGGAGCUCUUAAACAAAAGUUUCCCUUUGGUUCAAGUCAAAGCCCUUAGACCUGUUGUUAUGGGUAUAUUAAAGAAUACGCCACAUAUUGAUGACAAAUACUUAAGAGUUUUGGUAAAAGAUAGAGAACUCUAUAAUGAUACUGACACAGAAGUCAAGCAGCAAAUAUGGAAAGAUAACCAGUCUUUGUUUGGUGAUGAGGUCUCCCCUCUGCUUAGUCAGUAUAUCAAGGAGAAAGAAAACAUACUCUUUGAUCAUCAAAAUUUAACUAAUCUUUUCUUUAGUCCAUCUCCAAAGGUUCGAAGACAAGGAGAAGUUGUUCAAAAAUUGGCCCAUAUGAUUGGUAAUAGUGUCAAGUUGUAUGAUAUGGUUCUUCAGUUUCUACGAACUCUCUUUUUGAGAACAAGAAAUGUUCACUACUGUACAUUACGAGCUGAACUUCUAAUGGCUCUACAUGAUCUGGAAAUACAGGACAUAAUAUCAGUUGACCCAUGUCACAAAUUUACGUGGUGUCUGGAUGCCUGCAUUCGGGAGAAGAAUGUAGAUGUAAAAAGAUCAAGAGAACUGCAGGGAUUUCUUGAUAGUAUUAAACGCGGUCAAGAACAAGUUUUAGGUGACCUGUCGAUGACAUUAUGUGACCCUUAUGCCAUAAACUUUCUUGCUACAUCUGCAAUGAAGAUACUGAAUCAUAUUAUCAGUAAUGAGGGCAUGGCUAGAGACAAUACGGUUCUUGUUUUACUAUUAAGAAUGCUUGCUCUUGGUUUGAGUGCAUGGAAUAUGAUUGAUUCUCAGGAAUUUAAAGAGCCCAAAUUGGAUCCUCAAGUAGUGACAAAAUUCAUUCCAGCUCUGAUGUCAUUGAUGGUGGAUGACCAAGUUCGACAACUUAAUGCAAAAUUGCCUCCCGAUGAAAGAGAAUCUGCUAUAACUAUCAUUGAACACUCAGGUCCAGCUCCUGAUGCCUGCCAAGCCUAUGUUCAAGAAAGUUCUGUAGCAUCAAUAUUAUCUAUGUACUACACUCUUCAUGCAUCUCGUUCUAAAGACAGAGUUGGACUUAUGAGAAUUCUAGGCACGCUUGCUGGCUGUGAAAGUGACAGAGCUUUUGAGGACCCAUUUUUGCACUUUUUGGUAUCUCUUCUAGUCCACAUGGGAGAGGAAUUUGCGGCUGAAGAUUUCUGCACAGUUGUGUUUGAUGAAUUUUUCUCUGCUGGUCUUACCCGAGAUAAUGUAACACGUCACUUGUUAAAGCUGCUAUGGUACGUCUACCCAAAGCUGCCUGCCAGUCGGUUACACACACUUGUCAAGGCACUUCAACCAUCAUCUCAUCAAAAUGAAGCUGUUCAUCGUCUGUAUGAUGCACUUACAGAAAGAAUUGGAAAUGAAGAAGCUGCACCAGCUGUUCCAGUUAACAUGGAUUAUUUAGAAAGUCCUCUAAUGAGUGUGCCAACUCCUGCACCUAUCCACUGAUCAAAAGCGGCUAGUGAAGGAUCACAUCAUGUGUUUGAAUUUCUUCCAAUUUAAUGUUUAGUCUUGUCAUGGCUGUAAAGUUGAAGUGUCAACAUACAUUACAUGAUUCACAAGUUUUAACGUGUAUUUUGUAUAAAUGUAAAUAGUGUAAAUUAUCUUUAGUAAACAGUGUACUGGAAGUGCAAUAAAGUUAUGUGAUACUGUA